UAAUCGAUGACAGCGACGAAGUGAAUCGUUAGGUGUGACGACAUUUUUGUCAAUAAAUUAUUAAUUUUGCACUUUUCAUUGGAAUCCUUUGCUAAAAUAGUUGCAUAAAUUCUUCACGAAAAUGGCAGAUAAUGAACAAAAAGCACUGCAACUGAUAGCGGAAGCAGAAAAGAAGCUUAGUACAUCUAAAUCUUUUCUUGGAUCCUUAUUCGGGGGCUCUUCGAAAGUAGAAGAAGCUGUAGAUUGCUACCUCAGAGCUGCAAAUUUGUUCAAGAUGGCUAAGAAGUGGGCUCAAGCUGGACAAGCGUUCUGCAGUGCUGCCCAACUUCACCUAAAAGCUGGUGUUCGGCAUGAUGCUGCAACAAACUUUGUAGAUGCUUCUAAUUGUUAUAAAAAAUGUGAUCCUAAUGAAGCGGUAUCUUGUCUUCUUAAGGCUAUUGAGAUUUAUACUGAUAUGGGACGCUUUACUGUAGCUGCUAAACAACAUCAAAACAUAGCGGAACUUUACGAGACCGAGUGUGUAGAUCUUGGUCGUGCGAUGCAGCAUUACGAGCAAGCGGCCGACUACUUCCGCGGUGAGGAAUCCACAUCUUCAGCUAACAAGUGUAUGCUGAAAUUGGCCCAAUAUGCUGCUCAAUUGGAACACUAUGACAAGGCCAUACAAAUUUAUGAACAGAUAGCAAAAUCAUCUCUAGACAACAGCCUCUUGAAAUACAGCGCCAAGGAAUACAUGUUCCGUGCUGCUCUGUGCCAUCUCUGUGUAGACAUAUUGAACGCUCAGCACGCCGUCGAGAAGUACUGUGGGCUUUACCCUGCCUUUGCCGAUACCCGGGAAUGCAAGCUUAUUAAGGAAUUGAUUGAACACCUGGAAGAGCAGAACAUGGAAGCGUUCACCGAAGCUGUGAAAACAUACGACAGCAUAUCCCGACUCGACCAAUGGUACACUACCAUACUUGUUCGCAUCAAGAAACAGAUUAACGACAACCCUGACCUCCGUUGAAUAGUGAAACUGAACAGCCCCGGCGUUUAGUAGGUAGUUUAUUUAUAUGGUAUCAUUAAUUUAUCAGCCCUAUGUGAAAAUUAGAUACGCUUUUGUAAUUA